AACAGCUGGAUUUGGAUGUCGGACGAUAUGUCUCGAGACCGGAAUAAGCAGACUCAAUACCCCUCCGAUGAGCUGUCGAGUUCUAGUAGUUCUGACGAAGAGCACGAUGAUGUGAACGAUGACAGUGAAAGCGAUGUAACUGUAGAUCAAUCCGAGGAUCUCGAUAGCUCUAGUGAAACAAGUGAAGAUGACGAAAUCCUGAGGGAGGUAAACAGAUCCUCCAGCAGCGAUGAUGAUGACGACGAAGCCGAUGAUUAUGCAAAUGACUUUUAUGAAAUGAGAAAGGAUGUCUAUAAAGUAACGGAUCCGGAUAACAAACAAUAUCCGUUUGAAAGAAUGGCGUAUAAAGAGAUCUCGCAGAAUGUUCCAAAAUAUCCUGGUGCAACACAAGACAAGGUCUGUAGUAAUAAUGACGAUGAUGACUCAGAUGAUAGUGACGAUGACUCAGAGUCUGGGGAUAGCCAUGGUAUCUCAACAGCUGAAAAAGAAGGAUUCGCUGACCUGUGUAAAGGGAUCACUCUGGUUAAUAACAGAGAAGGGGGUAAAAGCAGUAACGAUAAGGAAAACUCAGCUCAUAGCAACGAGGACCCAGAGUCCGAGAUUAAAAGUUACGUCAAAAUGAUAGACGCCACUACUAACACAGACGUUAUCAAAGGAAAAUUGACCAUCUCAAAAGUCGAUAUAGGAGAAUUUGUUGAAAUACAUCAAGAUAGUCAAGACAAAUUAUCUCCCAGAACUUAUGACACAGAUAACAUCGAAAGCAUCCAAAAACUCAACUCCCAAAGUAAAGAUUUUACACAUGACAAAAAAUUGGUAGAUUUUGAACCAGAAAUCUUUUUACAAGAUGAAACUCAACAACGGGAGCUUCUUGUCUCUGGUCCGUCAAGUCUUCCUGCGGAUAAAGAAUUAAACGAAGCAGUCCCUAUUGCGAUGCAACAACUACCCACAGAAUAUGUCGAAACAGAUUUACUAACCGAUGUGAUACUAGUGUCACGUGAUUCUUAUAUUCAUAAUGGUAAGGAUACGCAAACGGAUAUGUCGUCAAAGCAUCCAUCAAUUCACAACUCUUCUGUAGAUACGCAAACGGAUAUGUCGUCAUGGCAUCUGUCAAUUCACAACUCUUCUGUAGAUACGCAAACGGAUAUGUCGUCAUGGCAUCUGUCAAUUCACAACUCUUCUGUAGAUACGCAAACGGAAGGUUUGUCUUUGCCUAAAGCCACAGCAUUGCUCCUAAAAUACGAGCAGAAGUAUUCACAAACGGAUGCAGGUAAUUGCGACAUGUCAAGUCAACGUCCCACAAGGACGAUUUCAACACAGUCUGAUGUUCCUAUGACUCUGUUUCAUGACCUGCUUAAAGAAAUGGAUUGUCAGAAGAAAGAAAACGAAUUCGACAAAGAAGACCCACACGCUUCCUCUACAACGGCUCCCAUUGAAAACAUUCACAUGGAGAUCCGAAACGGUAAGCAAAUUCAGUGUGAGAGAACAGAGAUCAAGGACAGAUCUAGACACGUAGCAGCUCAGUCGAAAUGGAAGAAGGAUAUGCCAAGGGAAAAAAUAAUAUCAGAUGAGAAAAUUAAUGCUAAAAUAGAAGUACCGAAAAACAACAGUAUCAAUCAAGCACUUCCAACCACUUGCAAGAGAGGGAAACUGACAAGAAAUCUGAGAAGAGCCCGAGGACUAUUAUCACGAGGUAUGAAAUUAACAACUGCAGAUUUUCCGGCGUCUACAGGACAGGGGAAAGCCGUGUCGCAGGCACAGUAUCGCGUAUUGUCUCAGACCAAAGUGAAAGUAGACUUCGCAGCAGCUUCUUCCGUUGUUAUCGUCAUACAGAUCGAGGUUUUCGUUGGUGCAUGUAUUGAUAGUAACUGUCUUCUACUCGUUGUAUACAGAGAUCGGGCGUUAACAGAACAGCUUACGAAUAUGUCUUCAGAGUCGGAGUCAACGGAUACAGAAUCUGAAGAGGAGAACGAGGAAAAGGAAGAUACUGAUGAAGAAGACAAUUCUAGUGAAAGUGAAGAAAGCAAAAGUUCUGAGGAAGAAAAUGACGAAGAAAGUGACGAUGAUUCUUCGUCUGACGAAAGUGAAGAAGGUAGAAAGCCGUCGAAAGUGAUCACUGAAGAAAAAGAAUCUCAAACAGAAUUCAAAUUUGAUUCAUUUGGUAACGAUUCAACGAAACCAGAAUAUAAGGACAUUAGCUGCGGGAGUGAAAUCGUUACCAACAGCCAGGAAUCCCAAACGGAUAAUGCCGUUCCAGUAUUGCCUGCUCCGGUGGACCUACAUGUAAGGAACAUGGAAUCAAUGACAGAUGUACAACUGGGUCCCAGUGAGAGUUAUGUACCCUUUCCUAAGCCUGAGCAGAAGGACUCUACCACAUGGACGGAUGUAUCUAUAAGUAAUAGGGAAGUACAGACGGACGAGAUCUUGUUUCCGUCUCCAAAGUCUGCUUCAGAAGUGAUAAACUCCGAAAUUGAUCGAGUGCCGAGUUCUUUGAAUAAAGAAGAAUCUCCUCUGUUAACAAAUGUACAUGUAUCACCAAUCAAGAACUCUGGACAAGAUCGAGGGGUGCAGGCGGACAUCGCCUUGAAAUCAAGAAGAGUAAGAACGCAGACGAAAGUGAAACGUCAUGACGUCCAAACUCUAACGAGCGGACUAAUAAAGCGAGUAAAUAUGCAAACUUAUACAUCCGGGCUUGUGUCAAAAUCAGAUCACAGUACCAAUACCGUGGACAUGAAAAACACAGUGAACAUAAAAAUGAAGAACAGAAAGACUCAAACCGAAGAUUACAUCUCAGGGACAAUCAACGAGAAACACGGAGAGGAGAAUGGAACAUCAACAAACACAUCACAGAAAUCUUAUAGAGUUCCGAAUCUGACAGACGUCUCUCCCGAAUCUGCCGCUUCUCAUCGUGCGUCCGGGGGCAAACAAGUGGAACGUAAAAUACAAAAAUCAAAUACGAAAGAACCCUGUCAACCGCGUGAUAAAAUACAGUAUAAGAGAUCGGAAUCUAUAUCUAAACAGAAUUCUGGAGACGGAGAAGAGGAGAAGAAGCAAAGAAAUAAAGCAUUUAAACAGGAUUCAGGGAGCGAGGAGGAAGAAAAGCAAACAGUUAAACCAUCUGAACAGGAUCCAGGGAGUGGGAAGGAGAAGAAGAAGACAGAUAAAGAAAAGGAAAACUUUCACAGGCGUAGGCGCAGGAGAAGGGAAUUGUAUUUUUUGCCUAUACGACAUCCGUCAUCAGAUUCAAAAUCUUCCAAUCAGAAACGAUCAAGAAAGCGCCCAAAAUCAUCCGGAUCACUGCCAAAAAGGAAGAGUAUGGAACACAGAAAUGCCCGGCCCUUGUCAUGCGCACAAUACAGAAUGUUGUAUCAUCAUCGCUGGGCAGAAAUUCCCUUCUAGUCUCUAGAAUCCAGCGGAAUAUGAUAAUAUUUCAUCGACAAGAUCUUUACAAUGUGUUUAUUGUCUAGAAAUAAUAAUUAACUUUAAUUGAUUAUACAAGGCACAGCCUAUAUACUUCAGUUGGAAAAUACAAAACAUGAUUGCUUUCGUGGCAUGAUACGGCAAAGAAUUUCGAGUGCUUGAAUCCAAUAAUUCACCUGGCAAUUUAAAACCCAGUUAUCAGACCUCGAAUCACGUGAAACUUCGAUCGAUUACCAAGGUCAUGAAUUAAUUUCUUACCUAUGAAGUACAAAGAAUAAACAUUUUUUAACUUUAAAUUUAGUGUAGCAUACAUAUUUACUCAUUUUGUAACUAUAUUUAUGUGGAAUUUGGUACUCUUUCUAAGCCUGUUAACACUAAAUAUCUUAUGUUCAAUCUUUUUUAAUCUUGUCGCUUGAAAGUAAUGCUUCAAGAUCACAGCUCUUCGUCUUUGAGGUUUCGGGGAUAUUCGUAACAGGGGACCCAUACAUUGCAUUUGUAAUCUUGAAAAUCAUUAUACCAAUAAAUUUACAAUUAAAAUAAUGAUA